AUGACAAGGUUGCAUGAUGCUCGUAUGCAGUUGUUCAAUGGCAAGGGUAACUUGUAUAUCACCAAGGAGAACACCUUUGCAACGUAUACAUUCGAGGACCUUAGAGCUGGAGAGUAUUGUAUCGUGGGAUCAUACCCCAAUGGCAGCUACAUCCCUGGUAAGAAUGACAACAAGUUCAACAAUGGCAAGUUCUGCACGAGUAUCCCACCCAACGAAGACAAUGCCGACUUUGGAAUGGUGCUCGCUCAAACAUACACGAUCCAAGGCAGCGUAUUCUAUGAUGUCAACAAUGAUGGCGUGCUCAACACGGCAAACUUGUUGAAUGGAGCGACCAUUGAGCCUCAAACAGACAUUGGCACGAAUAUUCAAACGUUGGAGAAUGUUACAGGAUCAUACUCAUUCGCCGUACCUCAAGGCACCUAUUGUAUUGUCGGACGCUAUCCCGAUGGUACAUACAUAUCAGGUGAUCACAUUGGCGACAACGUGUUUACCAACGGCAAGUUCUGUACUCAAGUGCCUCCCAACAACCUAUCGGCUCACUUUGGUAUGAAGAAGGCUCCAACAUAUGUACUCGAAGGAAUUGUUUGGGACGACACUCUAGACAACGCAGGAGUGUUCGAUUCAAACAAGCCAAUUGAGGGCGCUGCGAUGGAGAUCCAAUUCGCCAAUGGCACAAAGACUGGCACAGUAUACUCUUCACAAACAGGAGUAUACUCAUUUGUCAAUCUACUCCAAGGUCGAUACUGUGUUGUGGCAACCAAGUCCAACUAUCUCCCAGGCUUUGCCAUCCGAGACAAUGUAUACGACAAUACUGGCAGGUUCUGCACCGACAUCCCACCAUCAAACUCCAAGGCAUAUUGCUCCAUGAUCAAGGAUGAGAAGUACACACUACAGGGCAUGACAUUCAAUGACAAGAACAAUGGAGUAAUGGACCCUAAUGACUUGGUCAAGGGCGUGAACCUGGAACUACAGGACAAUGUCGGUGGAGUGAUCACAUCUCAGCAACACACAAGGAAGCUACUCAUUCGCCAACCUCAACCGUGGACAAUAUUGUAUUGUGGCCACUUACCCCGAUGCAAGAUACACACCCAGUCCUACAAAGCAGGCUGA